CCACCGUAUUUUCACGCGGAGAGAAAAGAGACUAGCGCUCGAGCGGGUGGAGACUGCUACUCAUUUAAAUCCCCCGGGUCGGUUUUUCAGCGUUUAGCAACAAAUACUUUGCCUUUUUUAUUUUCUUUCUAUUGUUGGAUUCUUUAGAGCUGGUUUAAUGUCGUAAAUAACAGGUCUGUAAGGGCGUCGUUGUUGGGAAGUUUUUUCGAGGGGGGGUUUUGACCAGCGAAGGGCCAUGGCAGUCGAGGCUCGGCCGGAGCUGGUAGGGAAGCGGUUCCUCUGUGUCAGCGGGGACGAGCCGCCUGAAAUUGGCGACAUCGGUCGGUGGCCAUGGAGGUCCGGGGUCAUACGAGCCGUUAACCACCGUGACAGCGACAAUCCCGACCUGACGGUA